AUGCAGGACACAUUAGUGCAGAUCCUGUUUGUGUGUGCCAUCGCGUCCAUCGCACUAAGGCUCUCUAUUCCCCUCCCCCCCACACCACUCCAGUACUUUGUCUGGGAAGCCAUGCAGGACACAUUAGUGCAGAUCCUGUUUGUGUGUGCCAUCGCGUCCAUCGCACUAAGGCUCUCUAUUCCCCUCCCCCCCACACCACUCCAGUACUUUGUCUGGGAAGCCAUGCAGGACACAUUAGUGCAGAUCCUGUUUGUAUGUGCCAUCGCAUCCAUCGCCGUCAGCAUCCCCGCAGAGGGCUCCCUUUCCGCUCCCUUCCCUUACUUCGUGUGGGAGGCGAUGCAGGACACGUUAGUGCAGAUCCUGUUUGUGUGUGCCAUCGCGUCCAUCGCCGUCAGCAUCCCCGCGGAGGGCUCCCUGGAGGGCCUCUAUGACGGGCUGGGGAUCUUCAUCGCGCUCUUCCUCAUCAUCACUGUUGCUGGUAGGCACCGUAACAUCCUGGUAGGCACUGCUGCUGCACACCCACUUGCCCAAUGGUGUCCGUGUGAACCAUUGGGCUCCCUGGCGGGGCUGUACGACGGGCUGGGGAUCUUCAUCGCGCUCUUCCUCAUCAUCACUGUUGCUGCGAUAAGCAACUACCGGCAGGCAGUGCAGUUCCAGAAGCUCAACCGCGAGAAGCAGAAAAUUCAGAUCGAGGUGACGCGGUCAGGGCGGCGGUGCAAGGUGUGGAUAGACGACCUGGUGGUGGGCGAUAUCAUCCACCUCUCCACCGGCGACCAUGUACCAACGGACGGGGUGGUGAUGGAGGGGCACUCGCUGGCAGUCAACGAGUCCAGCAUCACAGGGGAGUCCGAGAACAUGCACAAGGACGAGGCGAGCCCCUUCAUUCUAGCCGGGUGCACCAUCAUGGAUGGAUUCGGUGAGAUGAUGGUGACGGCGGUGGGCAUGAGGACGGAGUGGGGCAAGGUGCUGGCAACCAUCACAGAGGACAGCGACGAGCCCACGCCCCUGCAGGUGCGGCUGACCAGAGUGGCAGAGCUGCUGGGCAUCAUGGGCAUCACUGUGGGCGUCCUCAUUUUCCUCAUCCUCAGUAUAAGGUACCUGGUGACGGAUGCAGACUUCAGCAACUUCACUGCCAAUGACGUCAGCGUGCUGCUCAGCUACUUCACCAUCGCGGUAUGCCCUCACCCAUCCCACCCCUCCCACCAUUGCGGUAUGCUACCUCUUCCCCAAUCCCUCGACCACUCACUCUCUUAUUGCCACCCAAGUGCUGUGUGCUCGCACUGCAAUGCUGCAACAUGGCACAUCCGAUAUCUGUCCUCCUGCCCGCCCCUCUCCGUGCCUCUAUCCUUCAUUCACCUUUCCCAUCAGAUUACAGUGCUGGUCAUUGCGGUGCCAGAAGGCCUUCCCCUUGCUGUCACUCUCACUCUGGCCUUCUCAGUGACAAAGAUGAUGGAGGAUAAUUCCCUGGUGCGGCACCUACAAUCGUGUGAGACGAUGGGAUGCGCCACCACCAUAUGCAGCGACAAGACCGGCACUCUUACUCUCAAUGAGAUGACAGUGGUGCAGGCGUGGGUGGCAGGCGACUUCCACAAGCCCCACACCGUCCGCACUGGCGUCUCCACACCCGUCGCUCAGCUGCUAUACCAGGCCAUCGCAGUCAACACCAGUGGAUCCGUCGAUGAGCCUCCGGGCAUGCCACCUGUCAUCAGCGGCAGCCCCACAGAAAAGGCCAUCCUCGCCUGGGGAGUCUCGUUUGGCAUGCGCUUCCACGAGACCAAGGGCCAGUGCGAGGUGGUGGCAGUGCAGCCGUUCAGCUCUACACGCAAGCGCAUGGGCGUGCUCAUCCGCACUGCCGAAUCCCCCACCACCGCCGACUCCCUCACCGCCGCUUUUCCCGCCACCACCGCCAGCACCAGCAGCACGGGAACCGCUGGAAGCACCACCCCUGGCAGCCUGCGCGUGCACUGGAAGGGCGCAGCUGAGGUGGUGCUGCAGCACUGCGGGCACUACGUGAACUCCCUCGGCAGCAUCGUGCCUCUCACCGAGCCCAAGCGCAUGGAGCUAGAGCGAGCUCUCCGAGACAUGGGAAAGGAGGCGCUGCGCACGCUGGGGUUCGCUUUCCGGGACUUUGACAAGCGCACAGGGGUGGAGGGGAUGCCGAAGAGAGAGGAUGGGAGCAGCGCGGGGAUUGUGGUGCGCAUGGUCACGGGGGACAGCGUUGAGACGGCAACGGCUAUUGCCACGGAGUGUGGGAUUCUCACAGCGGGCGGCACUGUGAUGGACGGCGCUACGUUCCGUGCCAUCCACGAAAACGACCUCCCUGCCACCGUUGACCGCCUGCAGGUGCUGGCACGAGCAUCCCCCACGGACAAGCUACAGCUGGUGCGGGCACUGAAAGAGAUGGGGCAUGUGGUGGCCGUCACUGGUGACGGCACCAACGACGCCCCCGCGCUGCACGAGGCGGACAUCGGUCUCGCAAUGGGGCAGUGCGGCACAGAAGUGGCCAAGGAGAGUGCAGACAUCAUAAUCCUGGACGACAACUUUGCAUCCAUCGUGCGCACCGUGGUGUGGGGGCGCUCUGUCUUCGCCAACAUACAGCGCUUCCUGCAGUUCCAGAUCACCGUCAACUGCGUUGCCCUCACUCUCAACUUCAUCUCCGCCGUUGUUACAGGGGAUGCACCCCUUACAGCCGUCCAGAUGCUCUGGGUGGAUCUGAUUCAGGAUACCUUAGGAGCGCUCGCCCUGGCCACUGAACCGCCCUCAGACAAGCUCCUGGAGCAGCCGCCCGUGGGGCGCAGCCAGGAGCUGGUAUCCGCCGCCAUGUGGCGCAACAUCAUUGGGCAGACGGUGUACCAGCUGUCGCUGCUGUGCGUGCUGUGGUUUAAAGGCAUGGAGCUGCUGCAGCUGCCGGGGCCUCCAGGCGUGCCAAGGGUGAUUGCCAAAGGGGGAGAGGAGAUCUCGGAAGGGGAGAAGCAGCUGGUGACCAUCAUAUUCUCCUCCUUCGUCUUCAUGCAGCUGCCGGGACCCCCGGGCGUGCUGAGGGUGAUUGCCAAGGGCGGGGAGGAGAUAUCGGAAGGGGAGAAACAGCUGGUGACCAUCAUUUUCUCCUCCUUCGUCUUCAUGCAGAUGGGUGGGUUGGAGAAGCAGCUCGUUACCAUCAUCUUCUCCUCUUUCGUCUUCAUGCAGGUGGGUGCGGCGUGGGGAGGGGUUGUAGUGGUGGGGAAGAUGCAGCUGGUUACCAUCAUCCUCUCCUCCUUCGUCUUCAUGCAGGUGUGGCUGUCAGAACCACCUCCUAAGCUCUCCCAUCUCUCUGCUCUGCCCUUCCACCUGCACCCCCCGUUCCACCGCCGCCAACCAGAUAUUCAACCAGCUGAACUCUCGCAAGCUGGAGGAGUGGAACGUAUAUUCAACCAGCUGAACUCACGCAAGUUGGAGGAGUGGAACGUGUUUGAGGGGCUGCUCACCAACCGCCUCUUCAUCCUCAUCGUCUCCAUCGAGCUCACUGUGCAGGUCAGCACCGGUCUAUGCAGCUAG